GUCACAUCUGGCCGAUGUUGACAACAUCUGCUCUUAAGAGCUUUCAACAAUCAAGUUCUGACAUAUCUUUCAAGUUGAUACAACAAUUGUACCACUUUAAGCAAGUUCGAAACCAAUUAUUCCUUAUUUGGCGAAGAUCGUUUAUCAAAAACAGAUCAUCGAAAAACUCUCGACCAAGACGUAAAAAUAGGAUUAGGUCCCAGCGCUCUCUCAAGAUGGCGGCUGCAGGGCCGAUAGCGGAUGCUGUGAUCGCGGCAAUGAGUAAGUUUUAUUGCGGAAUUUCCCAGUUAUCUCUAUAAUAAAAUCAAAAUCAGUGAAUUUCUUUACCCUUGCUAUUUGAUCAUGUUUAAUGAAGCAUCAUAUCUCGUGAUAUAAGUGUGGCUGCCCCUGAUGGGCACCAAUGCAUCUAUAAAAGGAAACUUUCACGGAUACGAAAGAUUAAUUUUCUCACACUUUUUUCAUGCAUUGCGAGUGUUAUUAAUAGAGCUCUCAAGUCUGGUGCGUUGAGCGUGAGAUUCACUUAAAUCCAAGACUCUCAUGCUAAAAAUAUUAUUUAUCACUUAUUAGUGAGGUUUGUCAAUUCUACUGUUCAUUUUGAGAUAGCAAACUGCUACUUUAGUUAGUACCAAUAGAAUUAAUUUUUCUUUUUAAAUAUAAUUUAUUCCUUGUUUCCUCUGUACUUGCUUUGAGCAUUUCCAAUCAGUGGAAAUUCUUUCUCAGAGCUAAGGAAAGCAUUCACAGGUGAUUUUUUUCACAAUUUUGCAAGGGAGCAUGCCCCCAUACAACCCCCCCCCUAGAUAGGAGAUGCCCAGGGCAUCUCACUCUUAACCAGAAAAUUAACUUGAGAGCUCUGAUUACAACACAAACUUAAACGUAUGAAUAAAUUUAAACUAGAUGUACAAAGCAAACCUGCUAUUAGUAAUAAUUACAACUGAGGACACCUCACUCUUCCCUUUCAUCUCUUCUAUUACAAUUUGUAGAUGGCAUCUCGUGACAGGUACAUUUCCUUAGUUUUCAUGAGAUCCAACCUAAGAAAUAUUGUUUAUUAGAAAAAAUGCACAGUAAGAUUUCCAGAGAGUUCCAUACUAUGAUAAAACAAAGCUAUAGUCCAAAAGGCAAUCUAUUGUUUUCAUUAUGCUUUUCUUUAUCCAAGAACUUUAUCCCUUUAAUUCCCAGGAUCUGAUUGUUAAUUCUCCCCUCCAGCUGCUACACAUUUUCUUGUAAAUUAGUAGCAAGAAUUUGGUGUUAGAUCAAGAUAACUUCCACCUGAUACAUUUGAGUAUUCUCAUUACCUGUUUGCUGGAUAGUGGAUGGAUAUUGUAGGAAGAAGUUACAUGUGAAUCACUUUUGGGAGUUAAAGGGUUAUGCAUAGAGCUGUGUGGAAAUCAUAUUAACUAUUCAGCUUAAAAAAAUGCUUUUCUUGCUGUGAAUUUAUAUUUUCAGGUACAGAACAUGGUGUAUGGCCUGACAAUGUGGAGCUAUAUGAACCCUGCAAAGGUAAUAUUUCUUGAAGAAAGAUCUCAUUAAUUUUUUUUCUUUGACCUUGUAAUGUGGAGCAUUUAGUCUGAUCAGUUUGCAAACUAUGGCUUUUAAAGUCCCUCAUGCGUUGGCUACAGAAGAAGCUCAAGGACCUCAAGAAGCAAUUGUUGAUUGUGUCACAAGAGAAAAUGCAGCAAGAAUUUCAUGCAGUUUUCAGUUUUGAUCAAAUUUUUAUGCAGUUUUGCAGUAUUUCAUAGACCCCAGUGCCCCCCUUCUUUAGUUGGUGAUCAUUUCCCCUAUUCUCAUGACUUUAUUCUUUGAUUCAAGGAAAUGUUGUAGAGAGAAAUAAGAUGCUACUUGCUCUUUGAGGUCAAAUGGUUAAUAGCCAAUGUGAUGGAUUGGUUUUCAUUGAAUAUUUCUUAUUUCUAUAUUUCCUGUAGACACCAUUCUUCUGACAGAUGCUGCAAGUUGUAGAGGUGUAGAGGUGAGUGCAUUUUUCAUUAGCCACGAUAGAAAAGAAAACUGAUAAAAAACCCACUUUUUUGGGUUUGUGUCAGUGAUUUUUAUCAACAUUACAAAGGGGAAGGGGGAAUUGUUUGCUACUUACAUGGAUUUAAGAAUUUACUUAUUCACAACCUUUUUGUCUGAAGUGUCCUAAGAAUAUUGUCAAGUAUUGUAUGUGGAGAAAAAUGCAACAAAUGUUAAGUGUUCUGUGGAAAAAAAAAAAAAAAAAAUCUCUACCCUCUUUCAAUCUAGUGAUUGAAUCUGUAGAUAUUAAUCAACUGGAAAGGCAUUUUGUUCAUGGGUCGUGAGGCUAUUUCUGCUUUAAACUGCAAUUUUUUCCCUUUACAGGCUUACCUUAGAUUUUGUGGAUUGGCCCAUGAAGUUAAGUGCAGAAGGAAUGCUGAGUUUAUGUCUCCAACAGGUGCAUGGUUUGUCAUCUGUAUUUUUUUUGGAGGGAGAAUAAGUUAUCCAGAGCUAUAUAUCACCUUGAUAAUGUCCUUUCAUGAGAGACUUAAAAAAAAUUUUAAAAGUGUUAUGUUAUAUUUUUUGUAUUCAAGGCAAUGUUCCAUUUCUAAGAGCAGACAGAGAUUUGAUUGGUGAUUUUCAAGAAAUAGUUUCAUUUGUUGAGGCUAAGGUAUGGGUAAUAGUUACUUUAUCUAUGUAGGAUCUGUUGAGUAUUAGUUACAGAGUUCAUUGCUUUUUGAUAGGUUCACAGAUGUUGACUAUCAAGUCAUUACCUCAAGCGUGACUUAAAUUGAAAGGAGACUUGUGUUUCACCUUUAUGAUUUUGUAUGAUUUUAAAAGAAGCAUGUGUUCAGUAACUUUUGACCAAGGGAUUCUCAGUUAAACCAAAUAAUAGAUGACAUAUAGUCCUAAAAACUGCCAAUCUUUGCUGAAGCCAAACACUAUUUUGGUAGCAUUAAGUCAUGGAUGAAAUGCAGGUUCAUCCCUGGUAACCUUCAACAUUUGGUCAAGCUUUCUUGAUAGUCCAUGGAUGCUUAUUUAUGAUCCUGGGUGGAGAGCGGCACUGUGAGAGGAAAGUGUCUUGCCCACAAGUGUCUUGCAACACAAAACCCUGACCUGGACAGAACUUGAACCCAGAUCUCCUAGCUUGAGUUCACCAAACUUGAACCCAGAUCUCUCAGCUUGAGUUCACUGAACUUGAACCCAGAUCUCUCAGCUUGAGUUCACUGUAUUAACUACCACACUACUGCUUCUGAGAAAUCUAACAUUACCAGCAAUAUUAAUUAAUUAAUUAACUUUUUUUAAAAAUUGUAGGCUUAAAAUUGAAUAGAAACUAAUUGAACCUGUAGACUGAAAGAAGAUAGAAGUACUAUUUGGGAAUCUCUGUAGCAUUUUAAAUAUCAGCUUCUUACUAACUGAGCAUGAGGGCCAUACUGGGGAUUUGAACCAGUGGACUGAAAGAAGAUGGAAGUACUACUUUGGAAUCUGUGUAACAUUUUAGAUAUCAACUUCUUAUAACUGAGCACGAGGGCCAUACUGGGGAAUAUUAGCCCUUGGUUGUGGCAAUGUGGACUAAGGGCAGUGCAGCAGUUUAUUAUAUGGCACUUGAAACAAACCUAUUUAUUUUGAAUAUGCUGGCUAUUGCCAUAAAAAUUACAUGGCUUAUGACUGUUUCUGUGGAAACAAUCUGUGUAGCAAUAUGUAGACCUUGUAUGAACCAUCAGAAUGCUUGGAUUUACCUCAUGACUAGCUUUCCAUAUUAUAAAAGUCUUUAUGUCUAAACUUUACAUUGACAGGGCUUCUCUACAAGUGCAAACUUUGAAAUGAAAGACAAAGCAGAAAUGAAAGCAUAUUUAUCACUUAUUGAAAACUCUCUUGUUCCAUCUGAGGUAAUGUGAAGAUUCUGUCAUAAGUAGUAUACAGGGUCACUAUGAGUUCUAACCAAUCAUUGAGCAUUGUUUUGUACUAUGUGAUGCCUUCCUUCCAGAAAAAAAAAGAAGCAAAAUUUCACUUUUGUCCCAAUGUCCCAAUGUCCCCAUUCAAGUAAUGCAGGGGACAGGAUUCUAUGCUAGAAUAUUGUACUGUGACAACAUUUCUCUAGGAGUGAUUCAAUAAACUUCUAUGGUCUAACUAACAUUUGAAACAUUUAUCUGAAUAGUAUACAGGGUCAUUACAUUACUGCAUUACUUGAGUGCUUUUGGAUAAAAGUGAAAGUUUGCUCUUUUUUUCUGGAAGGAAAACAACUCUUGGAGCAAGGAAAAGAAUCAACUGAACCCCAGACAUGAUAUUAUGUCUAAAAAAUUAACUUUGUGAACAGUGGUAAGGAGUUAGGGUGUUCAAAACUGCAAUAUUUCUACUCCCUUAGAUUUUCAUGGUGCUGUUCAGUUUUGUUUUUUGAGACUGAUCAUGGUCAAGGGGAUGAGACAGUUAUCUCCUGUGCUGUUGUUCAAUAUUAAGAACUUCCUUGCUGUCAGCCCUUUACACCUUAAGAUCAGUAUGCACAUUCUCCUUACUGUUCGCUACACAUUUCCUAUGGUUCUGACAAAGAGAAUUUGCUUAAAAAAUCAAGAGCUUCUUUAGUUGGUGAUCAUUUCCUUUAUUCUCAUGGCCUUAACCCUUUAAACCCUAAGAGUGAUUAGCAUAUAAUUUCUCCAUACAGCAAUACUGCUGAAUCAUUCAUUAGGAUCAUGAGAAAACAAAAAAAUGAUCGCCAACUAAAGAGGUUUUGAUUGUUAAACAAAUUCUCCUUGUCAGUACCAAAGGAUAUGCACAGAGAAGAGUAAGGAGAAUAUGGAUACUGAUGUUAGGAAGUAAAGGGUUAAUGUUUGAUUCAAGGUUGAUACUGUAAGGAGAAAUUACAUGCUAGUCACUCUUAAGGGUUUAAAGGAUUGAAAGACAGUCAUGGCUCUAUAGAAUUAUCAUAAGGUUUGAUGCAAUAUUUUUAUCUCACUUGGCCUUAAUAGCUUUACAUGUUGUGGUGGAAGAAAGACUGGGCAGUGCGUACAAGGCAUCAUUAUGGCAGUCAGUUCCCUUUUCCAUUGAAUCUUGUUCUUAGCUACAGGAGGCAGUGGAAAAUCUGUCAACAACUGAAGGCAGAUGGGUGGCAUCAUAAGACAGAAAAUGAGGUAUAUAUGUGCUUUGUACUGUUCUAGCAUUUUUCUUAAUGGGUACUUUCCAACUGUGAUCAAUAAAGAUGCAGGCAUUGGCAUGGCUCAAUGGCUGAACAUUUUAAGAGUGGACCUUAGGACCUCACAUUAAAUAGUUAAAACAUUUGGCAUCUGAAUCACUUAGGCUCUUAACCCAUGACACCCUCACAUCAGUAUGCAUAUUCUCUAUACUGUUCCCUUUACAUUUCCUGUGGUACUGACCAGAAGAAUUGGUUUAACAAUCAAAAGUUUCCGUUGGUGAUCACAUCCUAUAUUCUCAUGACCUAAGUGUUUGAUUCAGUGGUAAUAUUGUGCAGAGAAAUUAGAUGCUAGUCUCUCAUAAGGGUCCAAGGGGCUAAUAGCUCUUUUUCUUCCCUUUCUUCUCCCACUGAUACGAAAAGUCAUACUAUUUGUGCAAGAUAUCUUUAACAUGAAUCCACUUUCAUUUUAUUUGUCAACUUGUGGCUCAUUUUUCAAAUCGUCCCAUGCUGUCCAAAUCAGUAUCAAAUCUUCUCAUCAUCUGAAUUGCAUUUCUUAUAGUGGUAGCAUUGAGAAUUUGGUUUCAAAUUGAUGCAAGUACCAAAUGAAAUGGCAAUCUUUCUCUCUUGGGCUGUACUUGUAUUUAAUCUGCAGCCUUUGCUUUUUCACACCAUGUCCAGAACUUUCAGUUUCAGUUUUGCUCUUUCAUUUGAUGUUAAAUAUGUUUAUUUUAUUCAACAGGUUCUUGAAGAAUUCAAGCGGACAUGUCAAGCCCUCUCUGAAAAACUUGGAAAUAACAAAUUCUUCAUAAACGACAGGUAAAUCACCAAACGUUGAUUAAGUAACAGAGAAGUUAUUAUCAUGUUUAGUGUGUUUGUUUUGUUUUUUUUGUUGGCAUAAAAGACUCAGUCUGUAAAUUGCUCUUCAGUGUGUCACCUUUUAAGGCUAUUAAAAUAGCCAAUAACAUGUCUCUUUGGCAUUAGUCAUCAGCUCAAAAUGGUUUUUUUUAAUCAGCUGUGUUGAUAAAGCUGACUUUUCGAGUGUUAGUCCUUUGCUCGGAGGGAGGACAAACGCUCGAAAUUAUCUAUGGAGACAAUUUACAUUAUCAACUCAGUAAGACCCCCCUGCCCCACCGACGCAGAAACUUCCCCCCCUUAUUCAUAAGCUCAACAGAUUGUUUUUCCAUCACCACUCUUUAUUUCCUUUUAACUUUUCACUGAAUUUACAAAUUAGCUAAAGAGUGUCACGGUGUUAGAAUUAAUUUCUCUCAGAAAAAGUAUUCAUUAUCAUCAUCACUAUUAUUCUUGUUGUUGGUGUUUUUGUCGUGAUAAUCAUUCACAUUGUUAUCGUUUUACUAUUUUAGGCCUACAGAGUUGGAUGCUCUUGUGUUCGGCCAUCUUCACACACUACUGACCAGAUACUUACCAGAUGAUUCGCUCAGCUCUGUGGUAAGGGCUCACAGAAAUCUUGGAGACUUCGUUAUGAGGAUCCUGGGGGAAUUCUUUCAAUAAGCGGGAGCAACUACUGUUAAAACUUCGUUAGGAGGAUCCUGGAGGAAUUCUCUCAAUAAGCAGGAGCAACGACAGUUUAAAUAAAGCCAUUUUACAGACUCGAGACUCUCUAAAAAAGCCAUCUAACGAUUUAUUAUAGAUACAUGAGAGUACGAAGCUACCUGUCCCUUGUCUUUAGAGAGGGUUGUAUGACUCACGGCAAGCAAAAUUGAGCAAAAGUGAAUUUGUUUCCAUCUGUCUUCAGCUGUUUUUGCACUAUUUGAAAUUACAUAUAUUAUUUGUGGUUUCUGGGUUUAUCUAACGAUUCAUAUAUGCAAUCGCGUUGUUGCACUUCAAGUAAUCUCAGGCAUUAAUGUUGCGCAAUUUUCCUCUUAAUUAUUGUUCCUCUUGUACUUAUAAGAAGAGAUUUAGAGAAACUUUUGAUUGCAAAAUUUCAACGCUAGAAAGUUAUUAAAAUGCAUAGAAAUUUCUAAAAAACUUACAAUACUGUUCGUACGUAUUUUGACGACGUUGCUUCACGUCAUUAACAAGUCAAGAGUAAAAAUGACUGGUGGAAAUAUUUUAAGUAAUCAAUAUCGAUGGAAAAAGGUUUUUGUCCCUCUGAGUAUAGUUCCAAAAGGUGAAAUAACAACGAAAAGGUUACAAAAAAGUUUGGUGCGAAUUGAAUCAGUCUGUUGGUUGAACGAAUGUCUUCGCAAUUUAUCGAGUUAAUUAAACCACAGGUUUUUGCCUGCUACGUGGCUCUUAGGUCUGUUCAGACGAGAACGAAGAACAGUAACAGUUCUCUUUCUGACUGUUACACACCCGUUCUCCUUAACUGCUGGUUCAUAUUCCAUGCCUGGCUAUCGGUUUCUGAAAACAAGCGAAUGAGGGCAAAAGAACGAAGAACGGUAGAGGUGCGUCGCUUGCCCGCUCUAUAAUCCACUAACUGAGAGCCUAGAAUAGCCUAACAUAAAUCUGUAGGCGGAGGGAGGAGCCGGGCGCGCGUCAAAUCCAUUUUUGUUGGGGGACUAUGCCGUAAUUUUGAGAAACGGACAGAAGUGAUUAGUUAAUGUCACAAACUAAAAUUUUCCUUUACAGCAUAAAUUUCACAAAAUUAUUUAAAAGAUACAAUCAGAUCAAUGUUUGAAUAUUCAAUGGAGAUUCUAACCCCUCAGAAAAAACUAACAGCUCAUUUCCUGGUACAAUUAAGCAUAGCUACUUUGGUUUUUUUCUCAGCGCUGGAGCGGGCGGAAUUCAACAAAUCCUUUAGUUCAGUGAAUAGGUUUGAGAGUACGGGCGACUUUUAACAUUAUGUUAGUAACUUUUAGAGGGCUCCUUCACAUAUGUGCGGGUAGAAUUUCAACAAAAAUAAAACGUGAAA